AUGCCCCGCCCUAGCUUCUCUCACAAUCCUCUUUUGAGGGUCUCACGACCUGUCUCGGCUUGCUCCCGAUGCCGGACUGCCAAAGUCAAGUGUGAUGGUAAGCUGCCUGCCUGCACAGCCUGUGAGAAGGCUGGCCGUGCGAGUGAAUGCUCGGCAGCGAAUGACCAAUUUGCUAGGGGCAAGGAAAGAAGCUAUGUGGCAGCACUCGAGUUACGGAUUGAGAAACUCGAAAGAAGGCUUCAAUAUGCCAAGUCACGGAAGGCAUCGGUUGCCUUGCAUGACCCUGACACAGCUCUUAAUACCCAGCCAAUGGAUAGAAGGGAUUCCCUGGCCGCCAUCCGCGCUGCCGUAUAUCGCAAGGCGGCGCGGAAGAAGGAGAAUUCUGAUGUCAAUUCGCUCGUAUCAGACUUUGGUUUUCUUUCUGUUAAUGCCACGACACGAGAUUUUGAGCCUAUAUCGACAAAUAUGACAUUUGCGAGACUGGUUUUGGCAGCCACCACGAAUGAUGCCCUUCCAGAGUCACCGGAAUCUCGGUUGCCCCCUAGACAUAUCGCCCAGGGAAUUGUUCAGCAUUAUAUCGAAAACGUCCAUUCGAUGUAUCCUUGCGUUGCCGAGAUGUCCCUUCUGACGGCCAUCGAUGAUCUCUACCAGCAAGACGAUCGGGCGAUUAGGGAUUCUGACUGCUGGAUGGUGUGGAUGGUUCUUGCCAUUGGUAGUGCCGUCCAAAGCCAACGAAAUCAAGACGAGCACUACCGCAACGGCGUCGAAUACGUCACUCGAGCCAUGAGUUAUGCUGACGGCGCCCUCGCCCCUGGAUAUGUGACGCAGAUCCAGUCUCUGCUUCUACUCACACAGUAUGCGAUGCUGGACCCUGCACAUUUUGACAGCUGGCACCUGAUAGGGUUCACAGCACGGGCAAUCGUCGACCUCGGCUUCCACCAAGACCCUCCCCAGUCUGCCGUCUCUGAUAAAACGGCUCUUGAUAUGCGAAGGAGGAUAUUCUACUGUGUAUAUGCCCUUGAUCGUUCCAUCAGCAUGGUUCAUGCGCGGACAUUCUCAUUCACCGAUGAUACUAUCAAUGUCGCGUACCCUGCAGCAGCCCCACGAAGGUCGUCAAAUACAGGAGGCAUUUUAGGGCAACCGGCUGUUGAUCCUGCAAAGCUGCUCUUUGAGCUUCGACGAGCUCAGUCCCAUUGGUACCAAGUGUUGUACCAAUCCGGAUCGACGCCCCUCCCGGAUCCAAUUUCGUAUAUAUGGAGGGUAUGUCUUGACAUGCGAGAGUGGCAAGAGACUCUUCCAACCGAUCUUCCCAUCGACAUCCGGCAGUUAUUCGAGCAGGAGUUGAGAUAUAGCUAUGUAUACUGCAUUGCUCCUUCGGCCAGGGCGCCGCGUAUCACGGAUUAUAAUCGCAUCCUCAUAUUUGAGCACUCGAUGGCAUAUCUCGACAGCGUUCACCGAAUUGCCCACCAGAGUGAGAAUACUGGAUUCUGCACAUACCAUGACGUGCUGAGGGUCUUUUUUAUGGCCAAUCAGUUCCUCGCCGUGUUGAGGGAUGCAGAAGACAUGCUCCUGUCAGGAGUGCCGGUACCGAUACCGAUACCACCGCCCGGCGCGGCGCCGCCCCCACCCCUACCAAGACGACUGCAGCCGCAGGGGCUCAAUGGAGAGGACAACUUGGACCGUAGCCUGCAAUGUCUAGAGAAGGUUUCACAAACGUUGGACGCAUACGCAGAGCGAUGGGCGGAUGCAUCGACAUGGCGGGAAAACUUUGCAAGGGCAUCUAAGGAGCUGGUAGAGCGACUCAGGAGGCGAAGGGAGAUGCGCGAUGCGGCAAGGGAGCAACGCCAGAUGCAGUACCAGAGCGGAGGGACGCCGCCGCAACACCAAGGCGGUUUACAGAUGCAAAAUCCACAGCAACCUAAGGAAAUGCGAUGGGUGGGGGUUGACGUUGGGCACAUGAUGCGAGGAGGUCUUCCUCCACAAUGA